AUGUCUGACCAACAACAGGAUCGUCCAGCACGUCAAGAACGUCAGGCGCCUGCACGUGGCUACAUGGGACGCCCAGAGAAGCAGAGAAAUGCGCAAGCACCUAAUCUGUGGAAAGGAAAACCAGCCCAGCCACCGAGAGCCGAAAAACUCUCCCCACGUAAUGCGCCAGCGCAAUUACCAUCACCAUCUCGAUUACACGACAUUUCGCAUGUUAAAGUGACCGAGGUCAGCCCAGCAGAAGGAUCCGUCUUUGCUUCUGGUAUUUCAGUUCGUGAAGUCUCUCCAAGAUUAGAGUUCACACCGUCUACCCCAGCAAUUAUCGACAUCUCACGUCAGACCUUCGCGGAAAUGAUUACAGACGAUUCAAAUCUGUCUAAAUCACUACUUCCGGAGUAUCUAGACUACUACACCACAUCCAUGCUAUGGCUCAGAAUUCUGUCCUUAAAACAGAAGAAUUCUCAACCGCUCAUAGAGCAAGAGCAAGAUAUCUUACAACUGGUACAAACAACACCAUUCACGGUACCAGAACCGAUAUUUUUGCAGCUGAGACAGAUAGGUAACAUAGUUACCUCAACGAAACAACAUCUGUACCCAGCCUUCCCCGAGUUACCGACCUAUCAGUUCAAUCACAGAGGCGGAUACUACGGAGAACUAGUUGUCCCGAAUCCGGAAACGGAUGAUAACAUUCACAACCUGUACGAGGAAAUCCCUUGUUUAGGGGUCCUAACAGAAGCAGUCCGAGCAUCAAUCGGAAACGCAGGACCAGGCAACUACCAGUCCGCUGUAAGUUACAGAGGACUUCAACCCAACAGAAACCUAUUAGGUUUCCGACCUUUAGGGUCCAGACGAUUGGAACCUAAGAAUCUAGCAUUCGAAUGUGACAUCACUGAUGUCAACUUUCCAAGUUACCCUGAACACACAGGUUUUAACUUCAGAUUCUUAACUUCAAUCUCCGAUGUAUUGGCAAAUUCCAAGACAUUCAAGAAUACCGAAGUGGUAUUCUCCACACUAACGGAAGUAGGAGCGCAGUCCCAGACUGUUAUAUCAAGACCUAUCCCGUUACCAGGCAACUUAAGCCUCAGUGGUGAACAAAACGUCACCUCCCUGUGUCAGGAAUCUAUAUCAGUAUACGGAUCAGCAACUUUCUUUAACUCUCAGUUAAUUAAGACCAGCGUUUCGGAUAACAACCACACCAAUUGGUGUGUGAUAACACCAGAUAAUGACACCCCUAUUCCACCAGAGUGGAUAGAAAACCGCAACAACAGACGCAACCUACCCGAGCCAUAUUUAGCUAGGGUAUUCACAACUGUCUCUCAGCAGGCAGAAGCGUUCAGAAUUAACACUAUAAAAACAUUAGUGUUAACGAAGCGAUAA